UCUGAAUCUUAUUAUUCUUAGUAUUCUUAGUUAUUCUACGUAGAUCCAGUACGUAUUAAUUUUUUUAAGACUCUAGAAGUAGAAGAGUACCUACUAGCUAGAAACUCAUCAAGUCAUGUAGAGCAUCUUUGGAGAGAGAGAGAGUAGAUCCAACACUAGUAACAAGUUUGUGACACAAACUAACAAACGUGACAAAAGUCGAGAUGGAAUCUGAUUUUUUGUUUAAUGCAGUCAAUCAGAUAAUUGAUGCAAAUAUUGACACUGGUGCUCUAUUUGAAGAGCUUUGCACAUUAUCAAAAUCUAUGAAAGAGAAAAAUUAUGCAAUGUAUGUACCUUGCAACUAUGAAAGUGCACACCAGAGUAGACAAAGGCUGAUUCCAAUACCAACACUAGCAACAUGGGUCAUAGACAUCUCACAGAAAUGUAAAGAAGAAGGUUUAAUCUUGAUGAACAAGACUUAUAUGGAAAGAUUUCAUUGCUGCCUUCAACACUUGAAGCAUUCUAAAAAUAAUAACAUUGACCCUUCAUUGUUUUCAUCCAUGCUAUUGAAGUAUCAAGUGCAUGUGGAAAUUCUGUGGCAUCUUCACAAAACAGAAAUUUUACCUUUUGAGACUUACUUGGAAAGUAAACUUUCUGAAGAUGUUUUUAAAGAAUCUCUGUCCAAAGAUUUAAUUUUUCUGUGUACUGGCAGUGAAGAGACUCAACAUCGUCGCCAGACCAUUUUAUCAGGAUUCAUUAUUUAUUUUGUCAAAAAGUCUUUUAGAGCACCGGCGUCCAAUAAUAGGAUAUUUACCCAAAUAUUUGAUAGUAUUUUAAGAGGUUUUCUAGAGUCAACUCAACAUGCCAAAGAAUUCAUUGCCUUACCAUUUGUAUCACAGCUGGACGUAAAGACAAUUUCUGAUGACAGGCUGAAAAAGUUCUGCCGCCAUGCCAUUUCCCUAAUUUUGAACUUUAAUGACAGGCUGACUGUGGAGAAAGCCUUAAUAUCACAGAGUGAAUGGAAAUCCUUGGAUUUGUUUGGAGCCAAAAGAAUGCUGAUGUCACAGCUGGUUCUGCCAUUAGAAAGUCAAGAAAUGUUGGAGCUGCUAAAAUCAAGUAUGAACAAUUCUCAGAUCAACCCAUUGUCAACACUUGUCUAUCUCUCUGUCAUGUACAUAUUGUUUCCAAUGUCAUCUGCAGAGGUAAAAGAUUACAUUAAAGUGGAGCUAACUACCGGCCUAGAGAACUCUGACAUGAAAAAACUGUCUCUUGCAUUUCUUAUUGCUCGACAAAGUUCCAUUGUGGGUCAAGAAAGUUUUGGUAGCUACAGUUCUUGGUUUGAGUUGACAUUUAACAGUAGCUGCUCUCCCCUGAAUGCUACCAAGCAAAAGUUUUCUACUUUAAUGAGGUUCUUGUCCAACCUUGUGCCCACAGAUGAUGCAGAGUACCUGAAGGCUCAUAUUUUGAAAAAACCCUUCAUACCCCCCAAGUGUGCAGAUAUAAUGGAGGACUAUGUUCUUCUAGCAAAAACAAGAUUAAAAGAUCUAAAGGUGUCUUUAGCUGAUGAUAGAAAAGUAAACAAUACAAGUACGUUGGAUCCAGUAGAGGAAGAAAUUCAGGCUAUGUUAGAAGCCUAUGAAGGAACAGGGAAAAUACCUUCAACAUUUUUCAGAAUGUGGAUGUUCCGUAAGCCGUAUCUAUUACAGACAUUGUUGCCUGCACUUCUAAAGCCAAGAUGUUUACCAGAAAUUCCAGAUGUUAGAAUGAAAUUUGUUGAUGAGCUUUUCAAAACUGUUGAUCUUGAUCCCAACCUCUAUAAGCGCUACAAGCAGGCAUGUGAACAAGAGAAACAGGCUUGGAUGGAAGGUGUUUUUGAUAGUGAGGAUGAUGAUGAUUUGCAACUUGAGAUUCUACCACCAAAAGAAAGGCUCCGUUACCAGUUGACCAAAUAUUGUGAGCUUCUGGAGAAUGGUUCAGAUAGUAAAGUUUCAGAGACACUAAAUUCUGUCAUUGAAGCUUUAAGUGGACUAUUAGUUGGACAAAGGUCAUUGAUAAGUGCAGCUACUUCUUCUAUACAAGUGGACCUGAGCAAACCUUUGUCCAGUGCAGAAAGAGAAUUUGUUCUAGAACUUACUGGCUGUCUUCAAGUUGAGCAAAAUUUGAGUUUCAAGCAGUUUGAAGGUGUCAACAAAUUAGUUUCAGUUCUAGCUGAUCACUUCCAUCAGUUUCAUUCAGUGUUGUUAAGACAUAUCAUAAUGACUUUGUCUUCAAAGACCAAUAAGGAGCAGUUGUUGAUACAAUCAUUGGCCUGGCAAAUGAUGACUAUGGCACUGACUUCCCACAACAGAAUAACUGAAGUUGUUAUUACUACUUGUGAUGGGGGUCAGAUUAAGACUCUUGUGUAUGCAACUCCCCAGGAAGCCAUGUUUAGUUGCCUUGAGUCUGGUCCUAAAAUCCAGCAGUUAGACAUUUGGAGGUUUUGGAUUCAUUACACAUUGUGGGCCGUACAAUAUUUUGAUACAAGUGACGUAGAAAAAGAAAAGAUGGAAGUGGCAAUUGUUGAUCCUUUGAAUUGUUCCUUACAAGAUAUUGUUCCAGAGGUUAUCAUAAAGCAACUCCUGCUGGUGGGGGAGCGAUGUGGUGUCUGCGAGGGUUUCAGAUUUAGCACUGGCUUUGAAAGCAGCUCGAGUGAAGCUUCAAAGUUGGACCUGUCAUUAUAUUCAUUAGUCAGAUGGCAGAAACUUUCACGAAACAUUAAACCAAGUUUAUCUGACUGGGUUGAGUUUGAGCUUAAAAUUGAUCCCUCUGAUGAUUUCCUGCCCAUGAUGCAAAGGACAACUUAUUUGUGGAAAACCAGCUGUAACUUUUUGUCCAGACAUGUGUCGACAGGUUGCAAUGACAACUCAAGAUUUUGUAGAGAUUUCACGUUUUUGUUAGCCACAAGCAAUGCUACAAGUCAUGGUGAAACAAGGCAUUCUUCACAAACAUAUUCCUGUUUGGUUGGUCUGCUGACAAGGCACAUCUAUCAACUGCCAGGCUCAGAUAAAGGGAGUAUUCUGUGGUUGACAUCUCUAUUAGAAGCUGCUCUUCCUUCACAAUUAAAUUCUGUUUUAAGAAUAGUUUUUUCCUUACCUCCUCAUCUUUUGCUUUGUAACUCUUUGCAAGAUAGAGUUUCAAAAACUUGUGUUGACUCUUCAUUGUUGGCUUUGAAAUAUUUCUCUAAUUCUAAUCACUACAUUGGUGCCUUUCUUUCUCUCGAUGCCAUUAUCUACCUCCUUCAGAGUUACAUCAGUGUGAAACCCAUGUUGCAAUCACAAGCUGAAGUGGCCAGAGUUAUCAGACACCCUCUUGUAACAAUGUCUAUAUUAGUUCACUAUAAAGUUUUGAAAAGUCUGUCCUUGUUGAAAGAACUUGGCCAAAGCUUUGAGGAAGAAUUUAACCUAGCAGUUCAGUGGGCUGAAAGUUUGAUCAAAUAUAUUUUGGAACCUUUCAAUGUAAAGUGGCCACAAGCUUGGAUGAAAGGUGCCUCACUGUUUGCACUAGUUUAUCACAUUCCAACCCUUUCUGGUGUUUCACUUCCUGAGAAGUUUAUCAAGUCAGAGAAAGAGUGUGUGCUCUAUUUCCUGCAAGUCUCCUCAGUUUACUUUACAGCCAAUGGAAUGGAAGUCUUAAAACAGGCCCAGAGAAGUGUAGCCAAGCUGUUUUUACAAAUCAUCAGCACCAAUGGAGGUCUACUUAUUCAGUUGCUGGACAACUUAAACCCAGAGAUGACUAGCUUCUGUUGCGAUCUAGGACUUGAUCAAAGCUUUCGCCAGAUGAGAGAUCUGUGCUUACUUAAAUUGAUCACCAACAUUUCUGCCCAGGUUUUGGUUAGGAGUACUACAGAGAAUGUAACUCUUUCUGUGCUGAUGUCGUACUCACAGAUCCUAACAAGCGCUUACACUGGUGGACUAAGUGAGUUACAUGCUCAGUGCACAAGCAGUGAGACUAAUCUGACAGACUGGAUGAAACAGUUGGUGGACAGUUGCAGCAGUCAUCACUUACAGCAGAUCAAUUUAUUAAGUCCUCCAUUGAGUCAACCUGGACCUCAUGUGGUGUUGUACAUGUAUUUAGCUGAGAAGAAACGAAAAAGAUAGCAGUCUCUGACUACAGUUGCAUGGAUUCAAAAUUAGUGAAAAUCUGAAACUAAUAUCCAAAAUUAUUGACUUUUUAGCUCCCUGAUAGGAUAUCUGUGCCUUUCAGUAAGAAUGUAUGAACUGAGCAGGGAUAGCUGAUGACUUCAGAAAGUUAUGAACUUGCUUUAAGGUUGAUAUAUAAAAGUGUUAUGUACAGAAGUUUAUUAUUAAUGUUUUUGAAUUAAUUCAUUUCUUACAUGUUUUUGGUCAGUAAGGAUUGGGACAUGAUGGUCCAUUUAGCAAGUGAAGUGGUCCAUAAAGGGAAAAGAAAAAGUUGGAUAAUAAUUCUGAUUACAAAAAAAUUAAAAAGUUCCCCUUUCAGACCUUGUGAUCUAUAAGGCAGAUGAUGUAAAGAUCAUGUUUCUGUGGCCUACAGCCAACAAGGUGUCAUGUAGUCAGCACAAUGAUUAAACUCUGUUACUUUCCCCAACUAAUGUCAGAUACCCAUUUAAGUUUGCUGGACUCAGGAGCUGCCUAAAAAUCCUGAUAUUUAAAGAUCCAGUCUUCCCUGGCAUUCAAACUCAAGAGCCCUUAGUUUGGAAGCCAACCACUUCACCAUUCAGCCAACACGCCCCUGAUUAGAAAUGUGAUAUAAAAGAAUGUAAAAAGUUGUGUAAUCACAUUUUUUCAUAAGUUACCAGAUAUUUAUCACAUAUUGUUAGAGCAGGUGGGGCUGGCUACCCACCUAUGAGAAUGAAAACUCUGAACUCAAACCUCUGCUGUCUUGCAGCUAUAUCCACUCAUGAGAAAUACUUCGGGAGUCAAUGCGAAGAAAAGUCAGAUCAUUUCGACCAUUGCUAAUGCCCUCUCAUUUCUAUGAGAUGAACCUAAGCAGCUGUACAAUUCAAGGAGGCCAACUAUCACAAGACAAGUAAAACUACCUUCUAUUAAUUACUGUAUUAAAAUGGAUAGAUUCUUUUCUUUUUUUUUUAUGUACCGGUUAAAAAACCCACUUCCUUGUCUUAACUUUUAACUUUUUUGCAUCUUUUAUUUUUUACAAAGUUUUUAUCAACUCACUCUCUCUGGUAGAAAUUUUUUACAUGUUAUUUCUCCCACACCCAUUCUCAGAUCAAGUUUAAACUUUACAAUUUUAUAAUUGUUCACACUAUGCUAUUUUUUUCUUUAACAUUUUUUUUCACUAUAUUGUUUUAAACUCUAUUACUCAUUUGUGAAUUACAGUGGAUCAGCCUUUAUUAACAGAUAUUACAAACCAA